AUGCCACGUGCCACAGGGGAAGAGCAGCGAGAGGAGAGCAAGGAACCCUGCACAGGGGAGGAGAAGUUGGAGACCCUGCCUGGGAUUUUUUUUGAAAUGGACAUGUUUGAUCACAGCUACAAUGUCUACAAUGCCGCCUAUGCUCUGGCACAUGCUUUGCAUGCCAUACUAAAAGUUGGAAGACUGGAUCCUCAGGCUCCCCAAGGCCAAGAAUUAACCCUUAACGAUGACCAGAUUGUGUGGCAUAGAAGCUUUAACCAGGCGGUGCCCCGUUCUGCAUGCAACGACAACUGCUAUCCUGGCUUCAGCAGAAAAAGGAAGGAAGGAGAGAAAUUUUGCUGCUAUGAUUGUGAGCCAUGUCCAGAAGCAAUGAUCUCUGACCAGCAGGAUAUGGAUUCCUGUGUCAACUGUCUAGAAGAACUAUAUCCCAACCAAGAUCAAAAUAAGUGCAUGCCCAAGAGACUAAGCUAUCUCUCAUACAAAGAACCUUUAGGGAUUGUCUUAGCUCUUCUGGCUUCUUCGUUCUUUCUAAUCACAAUUUUCAUUCUUACAAUAUUUGUGCAACACCAGAACACUCCCAUUGUCAGAGCCAACAACCAGAGCCUCACCUACAUUCUCCUGGCUUCCCUCCUACUUUGCUUUCUCUGCUCCUUGCUUUUCAUUGGACAGCCUGGAAGAGUGACCUGCCUCCUCCGACAAACUGCUUUCGGCCUUAUCUUCUCAGUAGCCAUUUCUAGUGUGUUGGCUAAAACCAUCACUGUCGUUCUGGCAUUUAUGGCUACCAAACCAGGAUCCAGCAUGAGAAAAUGGUUAGGGAAAAGAAUGGCAAAUGGAAUUAUCAUUUCCUGCACUUUUAUUCAAGCAAGUAUUUGCAGUUUUUGGUUAUGUACAUUCCCUCCAUUCCCAGAUAUGGAUAUGCAUUCACAGACUGGGGAAAUCAUACUGGAAUGUAAUGAAGGCUCAGCUACCAUGUUUUACUGUGUCCUGGGCUUUAUGGGCUUCCUGGCCAUUGUCAGCUUCACGGUGGCCUUUCUUGCCCGGAAGUUGCCUGACAGUUUCAAUGAAACCAAGUUUAUCACUUUCAGCAUGUUGGUCUUUUGCAGUGUUUGGCUGUGCUUUAUUCCAACCUAUCUGAGCACCAAGGGGAAAUCUAUGGUGGCGGUGGAAAUCUUCUCCAUCUUAGCCUCCAGUGCUGGUUUACUGGGGUGCAUUUUUUUCCCCAAAUGCUACAUCAUUAUUUUGAAGCCUGAACUGAACAACAAGGAACAUUUGAUAAGGAGAAAUAAUAAAACAAAUUUCUCUCUUACACUUAGACAUUAA